GACAUGUGGGGAUGCAGGGCAAAGCCAGUCCCCAGGUGCACUAAACAGCCUGCCAACUGCUUCAGCCCUUCCUUUCAGACAUUCCCAUGGCCACCUGGAAAUCUGUUGGUCUCCCUCCCAGGUUCAACCUCGGUCUUUUGUGGUUUGGAUCUCUCUGACCCUUCUUCUGUGUCCUCUGGUCUCUCCUGCUGCCCACAGGCAGGCCUCAGGGCUUCAGUCUGGCCUGCAGCUGGGGUUGAGGGGAAGUUCCAUGACAGUUGGAGGGAUUCCAGGAGGUCGGGACAUUGGCCAUGGACUCGUGCGCUGCCCUGUGAAGACCGCAAGUUCAUCCUGCGGGGCUGGUCUCUGGUCUUCAGCAUCCUCGCAACCCUAAUGGUGCUCAGCGUGGCGGAUGGACGUCUGGCCUACUUGCAGGGCUCUUACACUGGCUACCUGGGCAUCUGGACAGACUGCAGGAAGUACAAGUGUGCCAGCCCGGGCCAAGUCACUGUUCUCAUCCAUAUGAGCAUGGGCUUCAUGAUGCUGGCCCUGACUCUGUGUCUCAUCCUCCUCCCCUCCAUGUGCCUCUCCUUCCGGCCAGUCUUCCGACGCCUUACUAAGAUCGACCUUGUCUUCAGUUUUCUCAGCUUCAGCACUGGGUUCCUGAUUGUUCUCAGCCUGACGCUGUUUGUAGUCGGCUGCGAGACGCUGCACCCGAGGCCACAGGUAUCCUACCUGGUGACCACCUACCUGUGCUGGGGCGCCGGCGCCUUGAUGCUGUGGGCGGGAGUGCUGAACUACUUAAACCACCUGGGCAUGAGGACCCGAAGUUCGUCCUUCCAGGAACGGCGGGUGAGCUACCGUCGGUGGGUCUCGCAGCAGAACCCUCAGAAACGCGUAUCCGAGCUGCCGUCCGACGCUGACCGCAAGCGCACCGUGGACCUGUCCAAUACACUCACCCCCGAGGGGCACCCCCUCAAGCCUCUCUAACCACUUGGGACUGAGGUUCUCAGGAAACUGACCGGUGAACGCAGCCACAUACCGGACCCACCCCCUCCAUCGUGGCCACGCGCCCUAGAUUAGAUCUCCCUUCGAGGCCCCACUCCCGUAGAACAGGCCGCACCUUCCGAGGACCAGCGACAAAACCCCACCCCUCGAGCUAGGGUUUCCCCUUACCGGCUCCCUUCCCGCCCGGGAGUCCUCACCCCACCUUCACUCCUAUAGUGAGACACCGCCCCCUCCAGUUCUGCGCGCUGCGUGCGGUGCAACCUGCUGGUGUGGCCCCGCCCCUGGGCCCAGCUAGGGCCCGCCCCUGGGUGGCUAGCCCUCUCAGGCCACGCCCCGAAGUUGCACUCCACCGUCUGAACAGCUCCCGCUCCGAGGGCCAGCCCCGCCCCUGGAUAUCCAGUCAGGACCCGGGCCGGUCACUACCCUGACCAGCUCUGGAUGUAGCUCCGCCCUUCUGCGGAACAGGCCCCGCCCCAGAAAGGCGUGGCUUGCAGCCACAUUUCUCCCCAUCCCCCCACUUCCGGACUUCUCUGCCACAAUAAAACCUGGGCGCCUCACAACCUCUAA